GUCAUACAAUGUUAUGAUUGCCGGAUUUGGUGUCGCGCUUUCCUAUUUGUUAACUUGUGUUCAUCGAGCACCUUUGCCUCGUGAGGACAUUGCAGCAUUGCACAGCUUGAUGGAGCAGCGUUUGAACAGAUCAGAGUUGUGGCCGCAGGUCCAAAUCGACGUAUCUGUGGCAGAUCCGCAUGCAUUAAACCCACAGGUGACCCACACGUUCGUGAACUUACUGUCCGCAGCUUUGGGUGGCAGAGCUCGUUUGAAUUUUGCCGUUUCCAAUCCAAGACAUGCGAACCCCAUUCCCUGUGUGGGAGCUGAUUCUGAUAGAUGCCUGGCCGCCUUAGAGAUGCAUGCAUCGCGGCAGAUGCCCACGCUCAGCAACUCGUUUGAGCUUAUUCUUCUAAAUUCAGAAGAUGGGUCUUCUGUCACAUUGGGUGCCGACAAAAAGGCCUGGGUGAGGUGGCAACUACAGUCGAUUUCUGCGGAGGAGAUGGCGCAGGCAGUGGCGCGUCAUCUGGAGGCCAGCUGGUUGCGCCAGGCGCUGGACGAAGGAGUUGCAUUGUUUGAGAUAACUCCUGGCUACGUUUUCAGCUUUUUUCUCGUGGGCGACUGUCACGCCAGAGUGUCGUGGGAUUUCAAUGUACUGUCGCCGUUUCUUUCCAGAUUUCUGGAACGACUGCAAAUGCUCUUCGACAUCGAGAUGAACUCUCAGGUUAUACAGUGUGGUUCCCUGGGCACACCUCUGGAGCCAGGUGAGCAGUUGAACGACAUGCCUCAAAGCAGGACUGUCGAUGCUUCUAUGCUGCAAGCAGAUUUCAUGAGAAGGACGGGUGAGUGGCCUGCAGAUGCACUGACUCGUGAUGCUAGAUGGCUGCCUCCGCUGGUUCGGCUGGUGGCUUUCAAGCCGUCAGCCCCCAUCAAGCUGGAUUCGGCCUUGGUAUUUCAUUCAUUGCCAUGA